AGAACGUAGUGUUUAUAUACUCUUUGAUUUUAAUUUUCACUCAUUUUGUUACUGUAGGGAAUUAAUUUAAUUCUUAAUUAGACUAAUUACAAUAAAAUGCCUAUGUAGGUAUUUUAUUGUACAUACAUCAAAGAAUGGCGUCUAAAAGUAUCUUAUAUCUUAUUUAUUUAUAUUUUUUAAUGAUAAUCGCAUUUAAAGUAAUAAGAUGUGAGAGACUGCGGGAACAAAUUUAUUCAUCAAUUGAAGGUGGAGCAGCUUGCUUUCGUAGGCUGAAUGGAACUCAUCAAGCAGGAUGCUCAUCUUCACUGAAUGGGGAAGUUGGUGUUGUACAUAUGAUAUACAACAUCUCAGAUGCACAAUGGCUAGUGCAUAAUGGCAGUGCAGGCCCCUACAUGGCUGUUGUUAGUACAGCAUUAUAUUAUGAUGUUAUUGAGCUUUUGCUACAAGAACCAGACAAUAUAGCGGGCAUCCUGCUGUAUGAUAAUGCAACCAUGAGUCCAGAUUUCUUCACUCAAGAAUCUCGGUGUCCAAAUGAAUACUCUGCAGAUCCAGAUAGUCAGUGUUCUUCAUCACAAGCUGGAGGUAUAGUCUGGAACGAGCGAGGCACAGGCCUCUUAAGAAGAGAUAUUCCAUACCCUAUAUUUUUCUUACCAAAGGCUCGGAUCGAUGAAAUCAAAAAGAUUGAAGAAUGUUAUAAUAGUUAUAAUUUAGAUAAGGAUAACCAAAGGGGAAGGGCUUUAUGCUCCCUUCAGCUGAACUCGUUCAUGUAUGCUGCAGUGAAUAGCGUUGUUUGUUUAAGGAGAUCAGCUUCUUCAGCAUUUCUAUCAUCCAAUAAAGUUUGUGAUCCACUUGGUGAUUACAAUGUCUACUACUCUCUAUUUCCUCGUGCAAAGGAAACUGAAGCGACGAAAAAGCCGGUCACCCUAGUCACGGCACGUAUUGACUCAGCAUCCCUUUUUGAUGGCAUAGCUCCCGGUGCAGCAAGCUCGGUGGUGGGGAUGGUGGCGAAUAUCGUCACGGCAGCAACUCUCGCGAAAAUGAUUCCUGUCACAGAUGCAAAAUUAUAUGAUCAAAAUGUACUGUGGACGCUAUUCAACGGCGAAUCGUUCGAUUAUAUCGGUUCGCAACGGAUCGCAUACGACCUGAGUCGCGGGGCCUGGCCUCCGGUCGCUCCGCUCGCCCCUUCCGACGUCCGCCUCCACAUCGAGCUCGGACAACUUGGAGGCUCCCUGCAAUUGUUCAAGAAUAAUGCCUCGUGGCCUCUUUAUGCUUUCGCGCCGUAUAGUUCACAAACUGCUGUACCUUCAAAGAUAAUAGAAUUUCUGGGUGAAAUGUCAUCUUACUCAAGUCAGAACAAUAUAACAAUCAGUCCGGAGUUUACGUCCAACAUACCGCCGUCGUCUUUGCACUCUUUCCGCCGCAUCCUCAGGAAUGUGACGGAAAGCGGGGCGCUACCGGAGAUACUGUUAGUUGACCACAAAGAAACCUUCAACAACAAAUUCUACGAGUCCGCCUUGGAUGAUUACGAAAACAUUGGAUAUGUGUACCACAAUAUAAGCAUCAGCAAAGAUGGCACCUUUAUCCCAACGGAUGAUCUGCUCGCUAAUGGCACCAUGAAGCAGACGGAGGCCCAGGUCAAGAUAGCGGGCCUGGCGACCACGCUCGCGCACACGCUGUACCAACAGCUCGCCGGAAAACCCUACACCGGCACUGUCAAGGCGUCCGCACAUUUGGUGGAUGAAAUGUUAUACUGUUUCCUUCGGAGCCAAGCAUGUCGCCUACUGCUGGCGGCAGACUAUGCGAACAGCGCAGAGGAGCCGCUCGCGGAGCGGCCGCUGCCGCUGUACGUGGGCGUGGCGGCGUGGGCCAGCCCGCCCGCAGUGUACGCGGGGCAUCUGCUCGCGCUGCUCACCGGCAGCCACCUGCACGUCAACAGGACGGCUUGCGACAAGAACGCUGACACGGGAUUCUCAUACUAUUGGCUAAGGGGAUGGAAUCAGAGUGGUGUGUGUAUUGAAACGACGAUGAACUUCAGCCAAGCAGUGAGCCCAGCGUUUAUUAAAUCAGAUUAUGAUUUGACAUCGGGCGAGUUUUCGACGUGGACGGAGUCGGUGUGGCAGGCGAUAUGGGCGCGCGUGUUCGUGCGCGCGAGCGGCGCGGGCGCGCGGCUGGCGGCGGCCGUGGGCGCGCUGGCCACGGUCGCCGCGGCCGCGCUCACCUUCUGGCUGCAGCGGCACGCCGCACGCGUCUUCGUCGACGCGCCCGCCUCCGUCAGUAGCGAUGCCGCCGGGAUAAUCCGGACUGUCAACUGUUAGAAGAUCCUUUAGCUUUAAAUAAUUAAUUUAAUUUAUCAUAAUAAGAGGAAACAUUCCAAAUGGCCUACCAUCAUAUUAAGUUGUAAUGCUCGUACUCAUGUUGGGUACUGACCAUUUACCAAAUUCAAAUAAUAUUUAUUAGCCUAUGAUGUAAAAAAGCAUAAUAUAUGAAGAAUAAAAUCCCUACUAAUGUUACUUACACAUCACUACCACUAUUAUUAUAAAAGUGAAAGUGUGUUUGUUUCAGUCCAGUUUCAAAAUAUGAAAAUGAUUUCGGCUUUGUAGAGCGUAGUCUCUGUCAUACUAUUAUAAGUCUUACCCAUAUAACGUUUCGUCGGUCUCAACGACAAAGACAACGCUCUACGAAACCGGUAUCUCUUUCUGAAGUUCGAUGUACAAUAUUUCGCGCCUGACACUGUAUCAUUUAUCAAAAUCUUUAGAACCGUUAAAUAGUUACGAGCGGACAUAGGAACGGGCACACAUACAGGUUAAGCACAUAACCCUCCUUUUGCGCGUCACCGCAGUCGGGUGAAAAGAAACAAAGUAGCUAAAAAGCAGCGUGUUUUGAUCGUUCCAUUUGAAUACCAUUUUGUCGCAUACACACACAGAAUAUUUGACUACGCAUUGUCGUCCGUCCACUACAGGACAUGAGAAAAAAUAGCCAAACACCGAGUGAACGUUCUCUGUGUUCAGACGUUUCAUAUUUCGCAGUGAAAGAUGCGAAUGCCGAAAUCUAACAUCGUUAAAGAAUUCAUUCAUCACUUCUGAUCUUUGAAUCUGUGUCCAGACCUUUCACUUCGUGGGCAAGAUGCUGAAUGAAAGACAAAUGAAUAAAUAGGGAACCGUCUGAUAUCACCUUAAACUCCGUUUCAAUAUUAUAUUUUACUGAUCUCUUAAAUGUAUCAUAAUAGGUAUUUGAACGUAAUUAAGUCUGAUUGUAUAAAUUAUUUCAUAUUUUUUUGUUAACAUUAAAAUAUAACCACAGA